UUUGAAAGAUGUUGAAUCAGUUCUGAAAUCUUCAGUUCAACAAUAUCCUUAUGACAUGAGAAAAAUUUAUACAUUUUGGCCAAAUUUAUUACGAAUGAUGAUGUUAUUGAUUGUUAUCCAGUAUCAACCUGCAGGUUUUCUAAAUGUUCAAUAUCAUUUUAACGUUGAAGAAACAUGUAAUGUUGAACUAUGGGAUACUGAUUUUUACCCUGAAAGUCAUGAUUACAUAAUACCA